GUACAAAGUAUAAUGGAAAAAUUCCGUGUUUGGGGAGUUGUUUUUUUUGGAUCCUAAAAGGCCCGACUGAACACGGGACUUCUGAUUGCCAUUUCGAUCCAGACGUGUCAAAUUCCACAUUGCUUUAGUAGUGUAUUGCUUGCAGAUUAUCAUUUUACUACGGUGUCUCGGUGAAUCCUUGUAGCCCUCCUGUUUUUUUGUUUUUGUUUUUUUCCAUCCAGAAUUCGUUUGAUAAAUCAAGCAGAUCUUUCAUGGGUACCCGUUUCAAAUAUAAACAACACCGUGUCCAUCGUCCGAACAGCUCAAAUCAAUAACAAAUGUACUUUUCCGUGCACUGGCUGCGGUCGGGUCCUGGUUUUGUUGUCCUCUGGUCUUAAAGGCUGCGCCACCGCCCGGAUCCCGUGACUCGGCUCACACAAAGCGCUGUGUUUUUUUUUGGGACUUCAAGAUUUCGUUUCUGUAAUCCGUUUUCUCCUCAGACGAGAAUCGAGCACAUUGCGUCUUCUCUCCAUAGCCGUGGCUAUUUCAGCUCUACUCGACGCCAUGAUGAUGCUGCCUCUAGCGGUAGUUACGCUGUGCCUCAGUGCAGUCCUGUCUGCUCCCACAUUAGACUCGCAGUUGGACGAGCACUGGAACCUAUGGAAGGGGUGGCACAACAAGGAGUUUCAUGUGAAGGAAGAGGGUUGGAGGAGGAUGGUGUGGGAGAAGAACUUGAAGAAAAUUGAAAUUCACAACCUGGAGCACUCCAUUGGCAAGCACUCAUACAGACUGGGGAUGAAUCACUUUGGAGAUAUGACUCACGAGGAGUUCAGGCAGGUGAUGAACGGCUACAAGCCCAGGCAGCAGAGGAAGACCAAGGGAUCCAUGUUCAUGGAGCCCAACUUCCUGGCUCCUCCCCCCGCCGUGGACUGGAGAGAGAAGGGCUACGUGACCCCCGUUAAAGAUCAGGGCAGUUGCGGCUCCUGCUGGGCCUUCAGUACCACCGGGGCUCUUGAGGGCCAGCAGUUCAGGAAAACCGGCAAACUGGUGUCCCUCAGCGAGCAGAACCUUGUUGAAUGCUCCCAGGCAGAGGGAAACGAGGGCUGCAACGGAGGUCUCAUGGACCAGGGCUUCCAGUACGUGGAGGACAACGGCGGCCUGGACUCUGAGGAUUCCUACCCUUACCUCGGAACUGAUGACCAGCCUUGCCACUACGACCCCAAAUUCAACUCGGCAAACGACACUGGCUUUGUGGACAUUCCGAGCGGCAAGGAGCGCGCCCUGAUGAAGGCCGUGGCCUCCGUGGGACCUGUGUCCAUCGCCAUCGACGCCAGCCACGAGUCUUUCCAGUUCUACGAAUCAGGUAUCUACAACGAGAAGGCGUGCAGCAGUGAAGAUCUGGACCACGGUGUGUUGGUGGUCGGCUAUGGCUUCGAGGGCGAGGACGUUGAUGGCAAGAAGUACUGGAUCGUCAAGAACAGCUGGAGCGAGAAGUGGGGAGACAAGGGCUACAUCCUCAUGGCUAAAGACAAGAAGAACCAAUGUGGAAUCGCAACGGCUGCCAGCUACCCCUUGGUCUAGCUGCCACAGCGUUUCAGUGGUGAUGAACCUAGCAUUUUGAAAUGGUACUUGCUGGAGAUGGCCAUUCAACAAAAAAAAUUAAGUGUUUUUAAAUCAAGCUUAAAGAAGGCAGGAAUAACUUUGUCAGCUUAAUACACUGUCAUGUAUCUGCAUGUUUUACGGAGAAACGAUGGUUUUAGGGAAUGCCAUUUUAUAAUGGCUUGAUUUUAUGCCACUUUAUUCAUUCAUGAGUCUUUGUAAAUAUGUUUGCCUACUUUCUAGGCAUUUUCUUAACCCCUUACCUUGUCCGUUCCAUAAAUGUUCAAUUCUCUUUUUUUUUUAUUACUUUUGCUGUGAUCAAUUAAAUUUGUGGAACUGUGGUUUGACUCUGGUUUUCCUUCAUUCUAUUCCAAUAAGAUUUUCCCUCUGAUUGCAAUGUCUUUCAAAUCAAAUGCAGGUCAUGACUUUGACCAAGACCCAUUAUCUGAGUGUACUCUGGGUACGAUUGCCAGUUACCUUCUGCUGCCAGUUAUCUCGCGU